AGUGGGUUUUUUGUUGAUAGGUUCAAAGCUGAAUUGUACAAGGAGAAGGUCCAAGUUCUGGGAUAGAAUCAAAUUCCACUCUGCAAUCUCAAAACCCUUUUUCUCCAAUUCGGUUGAUACAGCGGAUCAGCGGAAGAAGCAAAGUUGGAGAGAAGACAAAAGUCCCUCUUCUUUAAAUACUGCAAGUUUAUUUGGUAACUCUGAUUUAUUUACCUCUUUCCAUCGGUACUUUUGGAAUGGCAUCCGCCGUUUUCUCCAGGGCCCUCUUCGCCCGUCGCAUCGUUCAAUCAUCUUCACAGUUCCUCCAAAAAUCCCAAUUCUUUACUUCAGUCUUCCCGAAGAGAGCAUUUCCCUCAUGGUCAGGUUCCUCCAAUUUGGCAUAUAAAACCUCGGUAUCCAUUUCUUGUAGCAUGUCUUCGGCAUCAGUUGCAGCGCAAGCUUCAUUCUCCAUGAAAUCCUUGUCAACCAGUGAGCCUGUUGUUUCAGUUGACUGGCUCCAUGCCAACCUCCGAGAACCUGACGUUAAGGUGUUAGACGCAUCCUGGUACAUGCCAGAUGAACAGAGAAAUCCACUUCAAGAGUAUCAGGUUGCACAUAUUCCAGGUGCACUUUUCUUUGAUGUUGAUGGCAUAUCUGAUCGAACUACUCAUUUGCCACAUAUGUUGCCAUCAGAAGAAGCGUUUGCUGCUGCUGUUUCGGCGCUUGGCAUUGAGAAUAAAGACGGGCUUGUUGUUUAUGAUGGAAAGGGAAUUUUCAGCGCUGCCCGUGUUUGGUGGAUGUUUCGAGUAUUUGGGCACGACAGGAUUUGGGUUUUGGAUGGAGGCCUACCAAGAUGGCGUGCUUCAGGAUAUGAUGUUGAAUCAAGUGCAUCAAGUGAUGCUAUAUUGAAAGCUAGUGCAGCCAGUGAGGCAAUAGAGAAAGUGUACCAGGGACAACGGGUUGGACCAAUUACCUUCCAGACCAAUUUUCAGCCAGAUCUCAUCUGGUCACUUGAACAGGUUCAGAAAAAUAUUGAGGAACAGACACAUCAGCAUGUAGAUGCUCGCUCCAAAGCUAGAUUUGAUGGAGUUGCACCGGAGCCUCGAAAGGGAAUAAGAAGUGGCCAUGUUCCAGGGAGCAAAUGUAUUCCCUUUGCCCAGAUGUUGGACGGGUCACAGACACUCUUACCUGCCGAUGAGCUCAAAAAGAGAUAUGAACAGGAAGGAAUCUCAUUGGACAAACCCGUAGUGACGUCAUGUGGUACUGGUGUAACUGCAUGUAUUCUGGCAUUGGGCCUUCACCGGUUAGGGAAGACCGAUGUUCCAAUAUAUGAUGGUUCAUGGACAGAAUGGGGAGCAAAUCCUGAUACACCCGUUGUCACUUCCCAAGAGUAGAUUCAAGUGGUAACUUUGAUGUCCAUCGACACACCCACAUCCCUGAGAUUUGCCUCUUCACUAGAUUCCGUUGACUCUGACGAAAAGAGAAUGUAAAAUAUUUGACAGGAACUUCAAAUCCUUUGAGUAAUUUCAUUUGUGAAUGUCUUAAAAACUGGUAUGUCAUCUUCUGUGGAUGGUGGCAUAUCUAUCUAUCACAGAUGCGUGUUGGUUUGUAUGGAUGAGAUGGGGAAGAGGGAAACAGAAGGGUGGAGAAAUAGUAAUUCCACCAGCUCCAGUCUUGGCAUCAGCUGGAAUUACUGAAAUUGAUUCUUGUUGAAUACACCUCAAGGCUGAUCUUGCUCAUUGCGUAUC